ACAUUCCGCCGCCGCCGCGGACACUUCUUAAAGGGCCAGCCGCCGGCAGCCGCGCCACCCAGCCGCGUCCUGCGCCGCCUCCAGCUCCCCUAGGUCCUGGGCCGAGAGAGAUCGACUACUCGUCGGCCUCGCGAGGUGGACGCGGUCGGGCGGACAACAAAGAGGGCCCCGGAAGCCGGCUACCCCCCGAGCCAGGGGGUGGGGAGAGGAGCACAUUGUUCCGCAGGGUGGGGACUCUUUUUAAGAGUGAAGCCUGCACCCCCCUGGCCAUUUCAGCCAUCCUAGAUCACAAACAAAGGAGUCUACGAGUGGCCGGGCGGCCGAAGGGUUGUGAGCCCCGGCACAGCCCCUCCACCCCCUGAUGAGACCAUGGGCUCUCGCAGUGACUAAGUGGCCACCCUGUGUCCCCGUGGGUCAGUGGCAGUUAUCGACAGGACUCAGCAUCACUCCAGGCCAGCUCCGGGGAAGUUCUACUGGGGCUUCCUCUCUGUGGUGCAGCCUUGGCCCGCCUACCCAGGAUGAGCACUUACCCUCCCAGCAGCCACUGCCCCGACCAUCACACCUCCUUCUAGAGGAGCACCGAGCCUCAGCUCCUGCCGGCAGGAGCCCCCGAAUGCUGCACCCAGCCACCCAGCAGAGCCCGUUCAUGGUUGAUCUCCACGAGCAGGUGCACCAGGGACCUGUCCCUUUGUCCUACACAGUCACCACGGUGACCACCCAAGGCUUCCCCUUGCCUACAGGCCAACACAUCCCUGGCUGCAGUGCCCAGCAGCUCCCAGCAUGCUCCGUGAUGUUCAGCGGGCAGCACUACCCCCUCUGCUGCCUCCCACCCCCGCAGCUGAUCCAGGCAUGUACCAUGCAGCAGCUCCCAGUACCCUAUCACACCUACCCCCACCUCAUAUCCAGUGACCACUACAUCCUGCACCCUCCGCCGCCACCGGCCCCACCACCCCAGCCCGCCCACAUGGCUCCUCUUGGACAAUUUGUAUCCCUGCAGACCCAGCACCCACGGAUGCCCCUGCAGCGGCUUGACAAUGAUAUGGACCUGCGGGGAGACCAACACCCUCUGGGCAGCUUCACUUACUCCACCUCUGCAGCUGGCCCAGCCUUGUCCCCGUCUGUGCCCCUGCACUACCUGCCCCAUGAGCCGCUGCACCAGGAGCUGUCCUUUGGUGUGCCGUAUUCCCACAUGAUGCCACGAAGACUGAGCACACAGAGAUACCGCCUGCAACAGCCGCUGCCCCCACCACCCCCACCACCACCCCCGCCUUCAUAUUACCCCAGCUUUCUGCCCUACUUCCUCUCAAUGCUGCCAAUGUCACCAACAACAAUGGGACCCACCAUCAGCCUGGAUCUGGAUGUGGACGACGUGGAGAUGGAGAACUAUGAGGCCCUCCUGAACCUGGCUGAGCGGCUGGGAGAUGCCAAGCCCCGGGGCCUCACCAAAGCAGACAUAGAGCAACUCCCGUCAUACCGCUUUAACCCUGACAGCCAUCAGUCUGAACAGACGCUGUGUGUGGUCUGCUUCAGUGACUUUGAGGUGCGGCAGCUGCUCCGAGUCCUUCCCUGCAACCAUGAGUUCCACGCCAAGUGUGUUGACAAGUGGUUGAAGGCUAACCGGACCUGUCCCAUAUGCCGGGCCGAUGCCUCCGAGGUGCCCAGGGAGGCUGAGUGAGGCCCUGCAGCUGCCCACAAGAACCCUGUCUAAAGCUCUGGAAACUCGGGGGAGAGGACAGGGAGGGAAUGGCCCAGGCCUGUCUCUUCAUUUCUACCUGCAAUUCCAGAGCUGGUGCCAGGGUCAGACCAUAAGAAGCCCCUGCAAUAAGCCCCUGCAUUUGCCAAGCUCCAAAGACUCCUUCCCUGGUCUGCCUGCCUGCCUGCCGCGAAGCUGCCUGGGUGUCCCUGACUCAGUCUCCUUCCUGUUUGCCCUUGGGUCGGUCCUUCAUCAUGUUAGCCCUGGGAGCCAGGGGUCUGGUCCCCUCCCCCCCAGUGUGGUGGCUGGUGUGAUCCCUGACCUCAGGAUGGGCAAAGGAGUUGCCACCUUAAAUCAUCUGGUCUCUUGCGGUAUGCCCACUGCCCAGAUAGCAUUGCCAGGUAUGUGGGCAAGUGUGGCAGGAGGCCUUUCCUAAGUCCCAGGGCUGGGUCCUUCUGCUUGGCCCCAGACAGACUUAGACAGCCAGCUCCUCCUGGCCACUGUGCAGGGUGGGUGAGGCUACCUGAGGAUCCUUACCCUAGGCACAACAUUCUAGCCCCACCCCUAGGCUGGAGGGCAUCCACUAGGCCCCUUCAGCAAAUGGGACCCAGGCCCCAAACUGGGAAUAUGUACCCUGCGGAGGCCUGAGCCAUGCUGGGCAGCAUGCGUCCCUGUGUUGCUGGUGACUGCCCCUCCACCAGUGACCAGGUCAGACCCAUGCUCGAUCUCUUCCCCCUCUGUCGUUUGCAUGAAUGUGAGGAACAGCAGUUUUUGUUUAUUCAUUUGGCCCAAAAUUGUGUGUAGAAUAUGGGGGCGUGGAUAUUUAAGAGUUGUUUUCUUCUGGUUUAGUGGGGCAGGGUAGGGGUAUAGGGACCAACCAAGACCAAAUGCCCCCAGGGCAGAGAAGGGUCAGGUUGUGCCGCACAUGUGGCUGGAACUGCGCUAGGCGGUGGAGGUCCUGGGGCAGGGUUGGGGGGUCUGUGCUCAGCUGAUAACUGCCAUGCACUGUACUGCACAUGUCCCUAGAGCCUACUGGGACCGUACGCUUUUCAGGGCAUUUCUUCCUCUCCAGCCAGGGCCCAUCUCCCACCUGUCUGGGUGAGUCUCCUCCAAGGAAUCCCAGUGGGACAGGGAUCAGGGAGGGUGUGGACCUCUCCACCUCCAGGGGGCCUCUUCCAUCCUGAUCCUUGCCCUCCAAGGUCUGGAGGAGGCCCCUUAGGGUCUGGCUAUGUUCUUCACCCUCCUUUGGGUCCCUUUCCUUUCCUACCCCCAGCUGGGGUUGCUGCCCUAAGUGAACGAACUGCGUGUGGGGCCGGCACAUCCUAGCAGGCAGCCCUUGGCGCCUGCUGCCUCAGGGAUGCUCCAACCACCCUCGUUCUCCUGCAGCCGCCCUGGCUUCCUGCCUCCUCCCCCAGCCUGCCAAGGGUCCACUGGCCUGCUCCCACCCAAGAGAACCCAAAGUCUUACUGUGUGUAACUCCAGGUGACGUUUCUACAUUUAUAGCAGUGUUGAAAACCCACGUGUUUUACAGAGAACCACCUUCUCCAACCCUUGAUCCUCCCCACCCCAACAAAAGGUUUUCAAACCCUUACAGUUUCUGGGGCAGGCGGAAAUGGCUCACGGAUAGUGUCAGCUGCUACAGUGAUUCCAACAAGCAGCUGCUGGAGGGAAUACACACUUUUAAAAAAAAAAAAAAAUCAUUAAAAAAAAAAGUUGUAUGAAACAAUUAUUUAGGAUGUUUGUGAUUUGCCGACCUUGCUAUAGAUGCCAUGUUACCAAUGAUUUCCUGUGGUGGGGGCUUGGCCUUGUUUACGAUUUGAUUUACCAACUUCUGGCCUAGGCAUGACAGUGGGCACCUUCCCCCAGCACUGGCUGGGCCCAGCGCCUAUGUUCUGUGUUAGAAAGGUUUUAUAUAUAUAUAUACAUAUAUAUGUAAUUGCAUAUAUAUAUAUAAAUACAUGUAAUUUGGGGGGCCCUGUUCCUUGCACAUUUUACAGUUACCUCAUUUUUCCCAUGUAUGUAUUUGAGAAAAUGCUAAUAUAUAUAGAAAAAAUGGUUCUUAAAGCUUAAAUGUGUGGUUUUUUCCAUUCCAUUGGAUUCACAUUGGUUUGUAGCAUCUAAAACAACUAGUAUGUUGUAUUAUAUAUGUGUAUACUGAUUGAAAUUUUUAACAGAUUUGUACUUUUUUUAAAAUGAAAGUUGCUAGUUCUGCUUGACCAAGUAGUGCAAUCAUUAUUUUUUUUAAUAUUGUUGCUGAUUUCAGAGGGAUAUUCACUAAUAAAUGUAUGAUGUAUACCGAGAA